CGUUAUGCCCUCUGAUGAAGAUUAACAAAAUGUUUGGGACUGUGGUUGUUGGACUUGGAAUUGCUGGCUUAGCACGGAUCCGAGACUUGAUGAAUCCAAUGCCUUCCAGCCCUUCUGAGCAUCUGAAACUCUUUGGAUUUGUAUCCAGGAGAAACCUGGGCAAAAUUAAUGAGGCCAAACAGAUUAGCAUGGAAGAUGCUCUAAGAAGCAAAGAUAUCCAUGCAGCCUUCAUCAGCACAGAGAACAGAACUCAUGAAGAAACCAUCAGAACGUUUUUAGAAGCUGGGAAACAUGUCCUCGUUGAGUACCCCAUGGCUUUGUCUGCUAAGGCAGCCCAUGAGCUCUGGGAGAUGGCCGAGCGGAGAGGUAAAGUCCUCCAUGUGGAGCACAUUGAACUGCUGACCGAAGAGUACAAGCAGCUGAAGAAAGAGGUGGCUGGGAAAGACCUGGUGAAGGGAAUGUUGCAUUUCACAGGUAGCGUCCUUGAUGAAAAGCAAGCAGGAUUCCCAGCUUUCAGUGGAAUUGCCCGACUGACUUGGCUGGUUGACCUUUUUGGAGACCUCACUGUUACCUCAGCUACCCGAGAAGAGCAGAAGGAGAAGAAUUAUUCCAGAAUGACAGUUCAUUUUCAAACUGCAAACAAGAAACCUCUGACUUGGAUUGAAGAAAGAGGACCAGGGAUGAGACGUGAAAAGAAAAUCAACUUCUGUUUCACAAGUGGUUGCCUGGAGGACUUCCCUCAAGCCCCGAGGUCUGCUGUGGGCCUUUUUAUGCAGGAUCAGAACCUCUUUGCCAAAAAACUGCUGGGCCAGGUAUCCAAGGAAGAGCUGGCUGCUGAGAAAUGGCGAAUUUUGCGGUGUCUUGACCUUGCAGAGGAGAUCCAACAGCACUGUGAAUGACCAGAGAAAAUCAGUUCCUGAGGCUGCUCUUAGGGAAGAAGGGAUGUGGCAGCAGGAAAGGUGUAGACUAGAGCUCAUCACGCAGUUGUUAUUUCUGUUUCAUUAUCUUUUCUUUGACUAGUUGUGAAUCCUGGGCUCUCUGGGUGGGCUGGAGAGCCUAGGCCAUGCCCAGUGCCUUUUGGUGUGCGCCAAAACUAGACAACACGUUACCCUGCUCUGAUGCCUUGCAUCCUUCCAGGCAUAUAGGAACGUAGCAACAGCAACUUUUCAUGUGGUUGCUCCCAAUAAAUUUAAUUGGAAAUGCCCCUGAGAGCAGAACCUGGAGGACAGCAAAUGUUGGACACAAUUUCCCUUCCUGGUUUUCAGAGUCACAUGCUAUAUGAGAGACAUAUAGCAUUAUCUAGAAUGAAACACAGACUUGCUUUAUUAGUAUUUUUCCACUUCUUUACCUGAUAUGCAGACUUUGUGCCAUCACGGUCCUGACCCGUUCUUCUAGAUGCCCUGAACUGUGUGUUUUCUCUAAUUAAUAUUUGUGCCUUUGUUUUUUAUGUUGGAAAUCAACUAGCUUCAAACAGAAUCUACACUGGUAUUAACCGCAAGUAGAGGAAAUACCUUGUCUUUUAGUAGACACCAUCUUGAGUUCAUUAACUCAAUUUCUCUGGUACUCUGGGCCAACAUAGAAAUCCAUUUUUCCAGCAAUCAAAUUAGUACAGUACAUGAAAUUAAUGCAUCAUCUGCCUGCUUUACACUAUAUUUCAUUGUGAUAGACCUAAAUGUUUUUCUUUUGUUGCACUGAAAGCAGGAUGUAAUUGUCCUUCAUUUGUGUUCUGCAUCUAAUUCAGCACGUGAACAGAUUACUCCUAAAAAUAAUAUGCAUACUUACCAAAUGAGAAAUAACACACUCCUGGAAACACUGAAAUUCAAUAGAAAUAGUGGUUAAAAAUAGAAUCAAACCUCAUGAACUGGAGCAAUUUGCAAGUGUAGCCAUGGAGGAUCAUACCUGCUGGGAUGGAUGUUUGGCAUUUUAUAGUAGUCCCAGGGUCACAUGUGAAGACAUUAUCACUUCCCUGAAGAAGCGUUUCAAUUUUAGGAGAAGCCCAGGCAGUGCACAAAACGAUUCCUCCACUUGCCUUUUACUUUCUAAUUGCAGCAUCUGUCUGUGUUAAUGUAGCAACAAACGUCAGUAUGUGCAGUUGUUGCCCUUCAAACACAGAAGGCAGCAUCUCUUUGCUACGUUAUCAUUUGGGUAAAUUUUUAAUAAGGGAGCAUGAAUAUUGUAAGCAUAUAUAUAAUUACAACCAGUCAAUACUGGUAAAAAAAAAAUUGCUUCCUUUAGGUUAAUCAUUAAUUGAUUCAUUGAGAAGUUGGAUACAGUUCAGUUAGAGUUUGGGACAGGGAAGGAAAGGCUGUGUAUUUUUUCUCAAAUCAGCUAGAUUUUAGGAGCAACUUGAGCUUGCUAUGUGAAUGGAUUUUGUCUACAAAAGUUAUUUAAAUCUACUCUAUCUUGGUAAAAUCAGUGGAAAGCCUCCUAUUGACUUGAAUGGAUUGAGAUCCACAUGAGUUGCAAACAGGAGAUUUGUGUAUGCAGAUUUUUUCACCCAAACGGACACAGUACUUGGCAUUCACACUGAUUCUAUUACUUAUUGAAGGGACACUGCUUGAGCAAAUCUUAUGCUAUUUGGGCCAGGGGGAGCGGGGAGAGUUUUAUGCUGCCUGGUUUCAUGGCAAAAUACCAAAGUCUAUCUCAGAUCAAAACAAAAUCAAAAUCUGCUGCGUAUGUGUAUCUCCUAUGCAUGGCAGUGCGCAAAAUCUCCUCUUUCUUGACAAGCUCCUCUGCUGUGACCACAGGGUGAACACCACUUGUAUGCAUGCUAAUUCAAAGGGGUCAUUUAAGAGGGAGGGAGAAGGGAAGGGAGACGUCCCACUCCCCAACUAUAGGCAGCAAAAUUAGCCACCAGGUCUCCCUCGGCCAGUGCGGUAGUUGGUGGUAAAAGGUAUAUAUUCCCCUAGGGCAUAGGGAAUGGAUUCACAGGAACAGGAGUGUAACGUGCAGUGAAUCGCCCUCUGUAGAGGUCUGUCUCUGUAGACAGAGUCCGUGGAAAUCGGCUGGCUCAGCUGAGCCAGCGAAGACAGAUGCCCAUCGCUGGGUGUCCACUUCUCUUCCCUCCAUCCGCGCUGCUCCUCCCAGCUAACCCGCUUGCGUACUGCUUUCUGCUCCGCGCUUCAGAGCCUGGAGCGUCCACGUUGUUUUUAUCUUCAGCAGUGCAAAUUUGCUGACGUAUCGUGUUGGUUUGUGUACAGGAGCUACUGGAUGUCAAGCUUAAAAUGUGCAUAUUGUUUAACCAGAUGUCAAACUCGCCAAUAAAGGUAUUGGAGCUCUUAAUUAUUCCUUUUAGUUCCCCGUGUCCUUCGUUAGCAAUUCCCAUUGUCUGUGCUUGAAGUGUCUCUGUCCCCCAUUCUUUUCCCCCUUUCACUCCUCAAGCCCAGUGAAAUCCCGCCAGUGACUGCAAGCUGUGAUCCUAUUCAAAAACCCUCUGCUGUCUCCCCAUCUCAUUUUAAAGUAUUGAAUACAAAUGUCUCGCAGUUUGUGACCCUGUCUCAACUUGUGAUCCCUCCCACUGAA